GUGGAUCAGAAAAAAAACAACGUUUGGGAAGGAAAAACGUUUUGCUGCUUGGCAUCAUGAAUCCUCUAACAAACAUAAAAAAUGUUCAGAAGAUGAACGAGAGGGAACUAGAAUUAGGUCUGGUGGGGAAGAAAUCGUGGCAUGACCAGUACAAAGACAGUGCGUGGAUCUUUAUUGGAGGUCUUCCCUAUGACCUGACUGAAGGAGAUGUCAUAGCAGUGUUCUCACAAUAUGGAGAAUUAGUGAAUAUCAACUUAGUGAGAGAUGGGAAGACUGGGAAGUCUCGUGGCUUCUGCUUCAUAUGUUACGAAGAUCAGAGAAGCACUGUACUAGCUGUUGAUAAUCUUAAUGGAAUCAAGCUCUUGGGAAGAACCAUCCGUGUAGAUCACGUGGAAAAUUACAAAGUCCCUAAAGAGCAUGGGGAUGAGGAUGAAGUUACAAAGAAACUGAGGAUGGAAGGGAUUGCCCCAAAAGUAGAGGAAGAAGAGAGCGAUUCUGAGGAAGAGGACUAUACAAUCCCAGUAAAGAAAAACAAAAAAGAGAAAAAGGCAAAGAAGAAGAAAAAGAAAAAUAAGACAAAGAAGCAAAAGUCAGAAAGUGAUAGUGAAGACUCUAGCAAGAUCAAAAAUAAAAAAAGACGUGAAAAAUCUCACGGUGCAAAAGAAUUACCCAACAAAGAUCUAAGUAAAUAUCAAAAACAACAGUCAUCAAUUGACAGGAAAAAAGAGAGUGGUAGAGACCUAAAAGAUAGGGAAAGAUCUCCAGUGAGGUAUAGAGACCAAGACAGAGAUAGAGAUACAAGAUUAGAUAGAGACAGGUAUAGAGAUGAUAGGUAUAGAGACAGAUCACCCAGAGGUAGAGACAUUCCCCCCAGACAAACAGACAGGGAAUCCCCAAGAAGACGCGAGCAGUCCCCUCCAUACAGAAGAGACAGAGAAAGAGAUUAUUCACCGAGGCCCAGAACUCGAGAUCGAUCUCCUAUUAGACAAGUCAGAGAGCAUUCACCUCAUCGAAGGGACAGGUCCCCUAGGGAUAGAUAUAGUGAUAAUUAUAGAGACAGGAGGAGGUGAUAGAGAUGAGAGGAGGUGACACAGAUAGAUCAAGGAGAUGUACUUUUGAGGAACUGACUUAGUAUUGAGGAGAUGACUUAGUAUUGAGGAGAGGAUUUUCAGUUACAAGUCUUAUGAAGUGGAUGAGAUAAGAGAUGGUAAAAAGAAGCAUUAAUAUACCACAGAUCCAGCACCUACUUAUACAUAAAAGAGUUGGAUCUUAGGGAGUGGUCAAGAGAAUUAAGACAAGGACAAAAUAUAAUAGUCUGUACAGUAUGAUAAAUAACAAUCAAUUUAAUUUACAUUGUAUGUUGAAAUAAUGUGAAGAAGAAUUGAAUUAAAAGAAUGCAUUUAGAAUUUCUUGUAUUCUCAUUAAGCUAAAGUGUACAUGUACCAAUUAC